AUGUCCGCACCUUCGCGGGCGGCGACACGCGCCUGUCGCAGGACAGUAUCGUCCUUCCCCAAGUGUCAGAACGCCUCGAGGCACAGCUCGACCGCCGCCUUCGCCAGCCAGUUCCCCGCACGACGAUCCACGACGACGCCGAGGCGGCAAAGACUGCAGACGCCGCUCCCCGCGAGACUGCAGAGCAGGUUCUUCUCCGCCACGAGGGGAUGCCGAGACGACGAGGCGGCGGCGGCGGCGGAGGAGGAGACCUUCGACCCCAAGGAGAUUGAGCGCGAGAGCGACGAGGUAGACGUGUGCAUCGUGGGCGGCGGGCCCGCCGGCCUCAGCGCGGCGAUCCGCCUCAAGCAGCUGGCCGCCGAGGCCGGCAACGACGACUUCCGCGUCCUGCUGCUCGAGAAGGCCGGCGAGCUCGGCGCCCACAUCCUGUCGGGCGCCGUCAUCCAGCCGACCUCGAUCAACGAGCUCAUCCCCGACUGGCUCGACGAGGACAACCCGGACCGCUUCGAGCACGCGACGCCCGCCGGCGCCGACAAGAUGCGCUUCCUGACCAAGACCUCGGCCGUGCCGCUGCCGGCCCCGCCCCAGAUGCACAACAAGGGCAACUACAUCGUCAGCCUGAACCAGUUCACGGCCUGGCUCGGCGCGCGGGCCGAGGAGCUCGGCGUCGAGGUGUACCCGGGCUUCGCCGCCUCCGAGGUGCUCUACAAGCCCGACGGCUCCGUCCGGGGCGUCGCCACCAACGACCUCGGCAUCUCGCGCAGCGGCCGGCCCAAGGACUCGUUCGAGCGCGGCAUGGAGUUCCACGCCCGCGUCACCCUCUUCGCCGAGGGCUGCCACGGCAGCCUGACCAAGCAGGUCAUCAACAAGUUCGACCUGCGCCGCGACAGCCAGCCCCAGACCUACGGCCUCGGCGUCAAGGAGGUCUGGGAGGUCGACCCGGACAAGUUCCGCAGCGGCGAGAUCGUCCACUCGAUGGGCUACCCCCUGCCCUACGACACCUACGGCGGCGCCUGGAUGUACCACUUUGGCGAGAACCUCGUCUCCGUCGGCCUCGUCACCGCCCUCGACUACCCGAACCCGUGGCUGUCCCCGUACCAGGAGUUCCAGAAGCUCAAGCAGCACCCGCUGUACCGCUCCGUCCUCGAGGGCGGCAAGUGCAUCUCGUACGGCGCCCGCGCCCUCGUCGAGGGCGGCUUCCAGUCCAUCCCGAAAGUCGCCUUCCCCGGCGGCGCCCUGAUCGGCGACUCGGCCGGCUUCGUUAACGUGCCCAAGAUCAAGGGCACCCACAACGCCAUGAAGUCGGGCAUGCUGGCCGCCGAGUCGGCCUGGACGGCCCUGACCGAGGGCGACGCCGACGGCUCCGUCUUCCUCUUCGGCUACGAGGACGCGCUGCGCAAGUCGCCCAUCUGGAAGGAGCUCAAGGAGGUGCGCAACCUGCGGCCCUCCUUCCAGACGCCGCUCGGCCUGCUCGGCGGGCUCGCCUGGUCCGGCCUCGACACCUUCCUGCUCAAGGGCCGCGUGCCCUUCACCUUCAAGCACCACCCGGACUACGCCGCCACCAAGCCCGCCGACCAGUGCAAGAAGAUCGAGUACGAGAAGCCCGACGGCAAGAUCUCGUUCGACAUCCUCACGAGCGUCUCGCGCACCGGCACCAACCACGAGGAGGACCAGCCCGUGCACCUGCAGGUCAAGGACUGGGACCAGCACGCCGUCGAGACGUGGCCCAAGUUCAAGGGCAUCGAGAACCGCUUCUGCCCGGCGGGCGUGUACGAGUACGUCGAGGAUGCGUCCAAGCCCAACGGCGUGAGGUUCCAGAUCAACGCACAAAAGUAA